CGUCAUUUUUUUUGUAAUAUUCAUUUAAGUUUAGCAGUGUGGUUAAGGUUAGGUUUAAAAAAUCCCAAUUUAAGAAGAUAAAUAGUAGAAAUAGGCGGAGUUUAUGACUUUGUGGCUGUGGCAACCAUGGUGAUAAUGGUGCUUUCACGACAACAGGGAACAAGGUCAUAUCAAAUCUUAUUUGUCACAUGCACUGAAUAUAACAGGUAUAGUAGACCUUACCGUGAAAUUCUUACUUAUAAGCCCUUAAGAACAAUGCAACUCGAGAAAUAGUUUAAAAAAAAAUAUGAACAAAAACAAAUAUUUAAAAAAGUAACAAGAAAAUGACAUAACAAUAAUGAGGCUAGAUAAAGGGGAUACCUGUACAGAGUCAAUAUGCGUGGGUAAAGGUUGGUUAAAGUAAUUUGUCAAGUGACGAUGCAUAGAUAAUAAACAGAGUAGCAGCAGUGUGGAAACGAAGGGGAGGUGGGGGGGUGUAAAUGUAAAUAGUCCGGGUGGCCAUUUUAAUAAUUGUUCUGCAGUCUUAUGGCUUGGGGGUAGAAGCUGUUAAAGAGCGUUUUGGUCCUAGACUUGGAGCUCCGGUACCGCUUGUCAUGCGGCAGCAGGGAGAACAGUCUAUGACUUGGGUGACUGGAGUUUUAGAUCAUUUUUUGGGCCUUCCACUGACACCACCUAGUAUAUAGGUUCUGGAUGUCAGGAAUUUUGGCCCCAGUGAUGUACCUACCUUAGACCACUGCGCCACCCGAGAGGCCCCUAGAUCAUACUUUUUGGAGAAAUGUCCUCUGGUCUGAUGAAACAAAAAUAGAACCUGUUGGCCAUAAUGACCAUCCUUAUGUUUGGAGGAAAAAGUGAGAGGCUUGCAAGCCGAAGAACACCAUCCCAACCGUGAAGCACGGGGUGGCAGCAUCAUGUUGUAGGGGUGCUUUUCUGCAGGAGGGACUGGUGCACCUCACAAAAUAGAUGGCUUCAUGAGGUGUGAAAAUUACGUGGAUAUAUUGAAGCAACAUCUCAAGACAUCAGUCAGGAAGUUAAAGCUUUGUCGCAAAUGGGUCUUCCAAAUGGACAAUGACCCCAAGCAUACUUCCAAAGUUGUGGCAAAAUGGCUUAAGGACAAUAAAGUCAAGGUAUUGGAGCCCUGACCUCAAUCCUAUAGAAAACCCCUGACCUUAAUCCUAUAGAAAAUUUGUAGGCAGAACUGAAAACCUUGCGCAAGCAAGGAGGCCUACGAACCUUACUCAGUUACACCACUUCUGUCAGGAGGAAUGGGACAAAAUUCACCCAACUUAUUGUGGUAAGCUUGUGGAAGGCUACCUGAAAUGUUUGACCCAAGUUAAACAAUUUAAAGGUAAUGCUAAAUACUAAUGCCAAAUACUAAUUGAGUGUGUGUAAAUUUCUGACAUAAAUAAAAAAGUAAACCUGGGCUAUUAAUUACAUCAUUUUUUCCACAUGGUUGGGGUGCCAGAAUUUUCAGAUAUCAAAAUGGUGUCAUGGGCCAAAGAAGUUUGGAGGGCAUGCAGUAAACCCCUGGGGCUUCCACAAAGUCAAAUUGGCAUAUUGUAACAAGUCAUGAAAACAAACAUUUGCUUUUUGGUCAUAAUUCAAGGUUAGGGUUAGCAGUGUGAUUACGGUUAGAGUUUAAAAUCACAUUUUAAGAAGAUAAAUUGUAGAAAUAUAAUGAGUUUGUGACUUUGUAGCUGUGGUACCUAGUGACGACCAACAUACAGGAACGGCCCGAAUAGGCCCACAGUUCACUUUCUUGAAGCUGGGGGGCAAUGUUGAGUCGAUAUAGAAUAUGGGGUUUCCAUGGAAAUAGGGGAACGCUGACUUCUCGCUCAGCAGACAGUAAGGUGUCAAACAAACAAUCAUCAGCUGUUUUGUGAAGUUUUAGCUAGCCAACAUGGGUAAGAAGAAGUCAUCAGAUGAAGACAAAACUACGUUGGCGGAGGCCUUUAUCAAUUUUCAGCUCCAAGUUAAGCGAAAGGAAAUACAUGAGUGCCAGGAGGAGGUCAGUCAACUCGAGACAAAGAAGCAAAGAUACACAGAAUUGAGGGAGCAGUUGAAAGAGGAGCAGUUGGGGCACAUCAAGGUCUUGCGGAAGCAGGCUAAAGAACAGGAGAGUAAGCUGGAGCAGAGAGAGGUGGUCAACAAAGAGCAGGUGGAGCAAGCUCUGCAGCAGAACUUGGAGCUAGUCCGCAGCCAGGAGAAAGAACUGGCAGAGCUGCGUGCUGAAGUCAUCCGCCUGGAGGAGGAAGUGCUCGUCAUGCAGGCCGAGAGGCACAUCAGGCAGGAGUAUAAGAUGGCCGGAAGCCAAGAGCACCAGCAGCAGAUCCAACACCUGGAGGCUGAGCUGACUCAGAUGCAGAAGGGGUUUCAGGAGAUGGCAGACAACAUUCAGCGCUCGCUUGAUGUAACUUUCAAUGAAAUUGACAAGAAGACAGUGCAUCUCAUAGAUGACAAAAAACAACUGGCUACAGAGAGGGCCAUCAAACACCUUGACAAGCACAGCCGACAGGAGAUCAAAGAGAAUGAGUGGCUGAAGAGAGAGCUUGCUAUUUACACAAGAGAGGUAUCCAUUACAGCAUUGGCCGUCCAACAACUGGAGGAGGAGAAUCUUGAGCACAUGGGUCAACUGUUUGAGCAUCGCCUGGAAGACCUGCACAUCUCUAGAAACGUCUUCCUGACUCAGGCGGCCGGCCUGGGACCCUCUGACUCCACAGUACAGGAGACCAUUAUGAAGAACGGGGUAAGCAGCAGCCCCGUACCUCCCCUCCACCCAGCAACAGAAGCAUGGCGGGCUCAAAAGCAGGCCAAAGAGUUGGAGAGGGAUGAAACAAGUGGCAGCUGCAGUGAGGCAGCCUACAGGCCAACAGGGGACCCCCUUCAGGACCUCAGUGUGCUUCUGUACGGCAGCCAGACCUACCUGCAGCAGGGAGACAUGCACCUGGGCCCUCUGGAGAUGAAGCUGCUGACUGUGGUGGGCCAGGCUCUUCCCCUGCACCCUGUGCCAGCCGAGACCCCCGGCUCCAAAGGCUCCUCCUCAGCUCCAGAGAUGCUCCAGGCUCCCGAAGACUGGCCCCUCACUGCCCGCAUCAUCCACAAGAGGUUCAAGUAGCCAGGCCCAAGCACUAAUACACACACACACACACUUUUGUAAAUGUAGCAUUGGCCUCAUGUUGGGAUCAGAGACAUAUUACCAUUAAACCUGCAAUGAUACUACAAACUCAAGGGUCUAAGAAUAUAUUCUUAAGCAACAAUUGUGCCACAUGAUGCUUCACAGGUUUAAAGUAGCUCAGAGUAGAAGUAUUGAUCUAGGUUCUGUCCAUAUAAAUCUCAUUCAGAUCUAUAAAACGGACUCACAUGUAACUGACGUUAAAAUGUCGAUACAGACCCAGGUUAUAACCCGGGGGAAUUAGUGAUUCACUUGUCUUACUCUUCGCCACAAACCUUUACCUCAUUUAUACCCAGAUGGGUAUAAUCUUCCCCACAAACUCAAGAUACUGUUGCAAAACACUUUAUUGAAAAAAAGAAAAAUCUACCAAAUUAUGCAUACAUUUAUUUAUAUAUUUAAUAUAAACAAAAAUAUAAAUCUGCAGGUACAAUGCAGUUAAAAUGCUAAUUUGAUGAAUAGAAUAACCUUCAUGUUCUGACCAUCCUGCACAUGUCCCACCCACCCCCAUGAUGGAAAGGAUCCAUUUUAUAUACACAAAGCACCGAUCAACAGUGCUCCAUUUCCCCCCUGCUCAACUGGAUCCCACUGCCCACUUACCCGACAUUCAUUUAACAUACUUUCUGUGCUUGAGUGAUCUUGUAUGGCUUAAUAGACCAAUAGAAUAGUCCCAAAAACUGCUAACCCAGCCCUUCUGGCACUCUAGACAAGCUAGAGCAAACAAAGUAUUUAAAAGAUUUCAAAUAGUAUUUCAAUUCAGAUCUGACACUUAAAGCUGACCAGUGACAUCCACAGCUCUUUCCCCUGCGUGCUGUGACCACCUCCUUUCCCCCAACCCCAAUGCUGGUCUAUGUAAAGAUGGCCUGAGCAUGAAGGACACUCUGCACAUUCAUUUUGGAAAGGCAGCCAUAGAAUUGUUCCAUGUAAAAUAAAUUACAUGCCAAGUGUAAAGCAUAAAAUGUGGAUCGUUCCAAACGCAAUGCCGGCAAAUCACAAAUGUAGU